UCCGCCCCGGGGAGGCGGGGUCUCCGCCUUUCCCGCUUUCGGUCCUCACCGCCCCCUCCGCCUUCUCUGAGGCUCCGCGCCACUUCCUCUCCUUAAGGCCGAACCGGCCCCUUAGGGCACGGGUCGCGCGGAGCUGACCCCGGACGAAAUGCGGCCGCGCCAGGGGCGGUGGUGGCUGCUGUUCUGGCUGCUGCCCCUGGCCACACUGCCCGUGCGCGGGGAGGCGGUGACGGCGGCGGCGUUGUCAGUUCAAAGGUGUAAAGCUUUGAAGGAAAAAGAUUUAAUUAGAACUUCUGAGUCAGACUGUUACUGCUACAAUCAAAAUUCCCAUAUGGAGUGGAAAUACAUGUGGUCAACUAUGGAGGUGAAAAUUACCAGUCCAGGCCUUUUCAGAAUUGUAUAUAUCACAAUAAAAUAUAAUUGUCAAUAUCCAGAAACCAUACUAUCUUUUAUCAAAUGUGUGAUUCAUAACUUUUGGACACCAAAGGAAUCUAAUGAAAUAACCAUAAUCAUCAAUCCAUACGGGGAGACUGUGUGCUUCUCUGUGGAGGCUGAGAGGAAUAACUAUAUGAUACAUGUGAAUCGAAAAAUUGUGGAUUUCAAACUCUUCUUUGUGUUCGUGGCAGGAGUUUUUCUUUUCUUUUAUGCAAAGACUCUGAGUCAAAGCCCUACUUUCUAUUAUUCCUCAGGAACUGUGCUAGGUGUUCUAAUGACAUUAGUCUUUGUCUUGCUGUUGAUGAAAAGAUUCAUUCCAAAGUAUAGCACCUUUUGGGCUCUAAUGGUUGGUUGUUGGUUUGCUUCAGUUUAUGUUGUGUACCAGUUGAUGGAAGAUCUGAAGUGGCUGUGGUAUGAAAACAGGACAUAUAUAUUAGGCUACGUCUUGAUAGUUGGAUUUUUCAGCUUUGUUGUCUGUUACAAGCAUGGGCCCCUUUCAGACGACAGGAGCAGAAGUCUUCUGAUGUGGACACUGCGGCUCCUCUCUCUGCUUCUGGUCUAUGCUGGUGUGGCCAUGCCUCAGUUUGCCUAUGCAGCCAUAAUCCUCCUCCUGUCCUCCAGGAGUCUGCACUACCCACUGAGAGCAUUCAGUUACAUGAGGUGGAGAAUGAAGCAGUGGUUUCCAUCAGAAGAGCUGGUGGUGAAGUAUCUUACAGAAGAUGAGUACAGGGAGCAAGCUGAUGCUGAAACAAAUAGCGCUCUGGACGAGCUGCGCCGGACCUGCCGAAAACCUGACUUCCCCUCAUGGCUGGUCAUCUCCAGACUCCACACUCCUGGAAAAUUUGCAGAAUUUGUUCUUGGAGGAAGCCACUUGUCACCUGAAGAAAUCAGUCUGCAUGAAGAGCAGUAUGGCCUUGGGGGUGCCUUUUUGGAAGAGCAGCUCUUUAACCCAAGUACUUCCUGACACUCAACCUUCAAGUUGACUUCAUUCUGGACAAGGAAAUGGGUCCUGCCCACAGUUUCCUCUCUGUGACUGCUGUUUUUCUAAUCUUCAUUAAUGACCAACAUCCCACCCCCUCUGAUGGGAAUAUUUUUACUCAGAUAUGUUAAAAUCUUCUCUGGCCUAGAAGUUGGAUUAUCUUUUAAAGGUAACUGUAUAUUUCUGUUAUGAUUCCUGAAUGUGAUACCUUAAUAGGUCACCAGAGAUUUAAAACGAGUACUAUAUUUAUCUAAGAUAAAUCUUGGAAGAUGCAGUUAGUGGAUAGCUUCUCUUUAUUAUUUAAAUAAUUUUGGGAAUCUGAUUUCUUUUUAGAUUUGGUUCUUUUUCCAAAAAAGACUGAUUAAAAAGAGAAAGGGGAAGAAAACCAACAUUUAUUAGAAUCCAUCAGGCAGUAUAUGAGGCACCUUCUAUACCUCUUAAUUUGCGCCUCAUGACCACUUUGUGAUAUGUUUUGGUAUUUUCAUUUUACAGAUGAGGAAAGACCCAGAAGGCAGGAGAAAGUUGCUGAAGGACACAUGUAGCUAAAGUGGUAGAAUCAGAAUUUAAGCUCCUAUGUGUCUGCUUCCAGGGCUCAUGUUCUACUUCCUUUAUUGCCAUCUUAAGAAAAUUAAGGAAACGACCCCAUGGAUAAUGCAUUCAAGAGGUGACUACAUAUGCUGAUGUUACACGCAUACCAGUCAUUUGUGUUCCGCAGUUAUGGACACUGUAGUCUGUGGCCCUUGUCAGUGCUUCUCAGGCUGUCUAGGGUGAUGGACCAGUUUCCCUGUAGUUCAUCACAAGUAAUACUUCUGAAAGAUACACUAAAUUAUUAGAAAAAUGAAAUAAUCUUUAAAAGACAUACAGAAUAUAAGCAUGAUGAUCAUAAUGUCAUGACAAUGUCAGCUUGCCAUACAUAUUUUGAAAUGUUUAAUUUCUGUGUUGUCACAUACCAGCAGUAGUUUGACAGCACCAGUCCUUGAGCACACUUUGAGUAGCACUGGUCUACAUGUUAUUUUUCUAAGAUGCCAGUGAUCUGUUCAGGAAACAAAAAAAAUCCUGACAUUUUUCAAAUAUAAGUUUAUAAUUUAAAAGAAUAGCAUCUUCCACUGACUGUUGGAUAGAGUAUGGUAUGUAAUUUGUUAAAUGAUUAUAAAAUUAUUGUUUACUUUUGCUGACACCUUGAAGAAGAAAAGGAAAAUGAAAAUUAUGGAACUUAUAACUUCUCUCUGCAGACUUUGCACUUUAUGGAAUAUCAUUGUUGUCAUUCUUUUCCAUCCUCUUCAACUUAUGUUUUCCUUAAUUUUAUCUCUUAACUCAUAUCCCCAACCACUUAAUAUUUAUAAUGCAUGUUGGAAAUGAAUGCCUUAUUAUACAGCUUACUAGAUAGAAGUAAAUAUGUACAAUAUGGCACUGUAGAUUGUGAUAAUGGAAUAUGAUUAUAGAUUUAAAUGGCAAUAAAGUAAUAGCGCUAGACCCUGGUUGGGGAAAUGAGACAGCACUCCUCCUGCCCCGGGCUUUUUGCUACACAACAGUGGCAGUAUUUAUGGAGCACACACUGUGUGUCAGAUAACUCAUUUUAAACAUCAACCUGUAAUGUACAUACUGUAAUCAUUUCAGUUUUACAGAGGAGGGUCCUGAGGCCCAGAUAUGUUUUAUGUGAGUGUAACUUCUCACUGGCAGAGCUGGGACUCAAAUGCAAACAGUGCGACUGCAGAGCCCACACUCCUAACCCCAACACUGUAAGGUCCCUUGGGUUGUCAUCUAAAAACUAGGACUUUCCUGGAGCCAUAGUGGGAGGCAAUUGGUCCUGUAUUAGUUGCCCGAAGCAGAUGGCAGCUGGUUGAGAGUUAGGUACCUAGCUGGACUAGCACUCAACUAGACUGGCUCACUUUUCCCCCAUGUUAGGUAUCAGCAAGUUUCCAGUUACUCUCUUAUAAGAAGCCAGUUUGUCCUGGCAUAACGCAAAUUACUUUCUGAGAUCUGACAAACAACUCCCCCUUUCACCCCUUUUCUGUCCCCACCUAGGUACCAGUCUGUCUCCCAACUGCUUCAUGGUUUGGAAUUCUUAAGCCAGAUAUUCUCAAAGCUUUAUUAAACAAGCCCAGGAGUGGUUUGGGGCUUCAAAAGUAGCCUUUGUCUUGUCUCCAUGCACCAAAGGGUGGAAGAACUUCCAAAUAGAAAAUCACCUCUUUGUUACCUACAGUCACUGUCAAAGCAUACCCUCAUCUUUACAGAAUAACAUAAUCUUCAUCUCUAACCCCUCAUACUGAAGCUGAAUAAACAGGCCCAGAGAUCUCCUGAAGGUGAUCUCUUCCUUUAUACCCUUGCUGUCCAAUAUGAUAGCCAUGAGCCAUGUAUGGCUGUUUAAAAUUAGAAACCUAAUUCCCCAGAAAAUUAGCCACAUUUCAGUUAAUAGUCACAUGUGGCUUAUGGCUACUGUACUGGACAGGGCAAAUAGAGAACUUUUCAUCUUCUCAGUAAGUCCUACUGGACAGUGCUAUUCUAUGAUGCUGUUGCCUUGGAUACAGAGUUGUGGGUGUGUCUGCUUUCCCUUCCUGAUUCCCAUGGCUCUGGCCAGAGUCUCUACCAUCCUCUGGGUUUCCUGUGCAGAGUUAUCAAUCCAGCCAACUCACCUCCAGAGUAUAAAGGGUCUGGUGUUCCUACAAUUCACAAAGCAUCAAGAAUUUGCAAGAUUUCUAGGAAUCUAGGAAUAUCUAGAAAUCCAAAUGGAAAUAUAACCACAUACAUACAUAUAUCAGGCAUGUAUUGUAAUGGUUUAGGCUAGGCUGUUUUAUGGCUUCCUCUACCACAACAGAUGCAGGGAAUGGCCUCCUGGCCUCCUGGGGUGGGAGAAGAUACUAAGCGGACCAGGGCUUUGACACUAGGAAAAUCUGAGUUUGAAUCCUGGCUUUGUGAUCUUAAGCUCAUAACUUAAACUUAGCUUCAGAAUCCUCUUAUUUAAAAUGGGGGUAGUGAUAUGUACACCUCCAGUUUUUGUUAAGGGCAAAAUGAUCAUCUCAUUAGCACACUACAGGCACCCAAUAUCCACAGUUGUGGUUACCUUUUCCUAGAAUCACUGCUUAACUCCAAAUUGGCUGAGAGGAAUAUUGCCUAAGUAAUGGUCUCAGUACUUAAUACCAGCAGUCCCCACCUCAGCAGUACUGGAAGGAAUUGCCAAUCAGAGGGAAGCUAUUAGCCAACUAUCCACUUCAUGUGACCCAUGGCAGGAUUAAUAAGCCAGUAAAGAGCAUUGCUCUUCCUGUGAAUUCCUUAACACUUUUCAUAAGGUUUACUGCCUGCUGGGCAAUGUAUUAUACUCUAUUCUUAAGACUUGAGGAGUAGUUUAAUAAUUAGCAAUUAACUUCUUUGAAUCCACACAAGCUCAGCACUUGGGUAAUUUACUGUUUCUACAACCAUAGGAGAAAGAGUAGGAAGUAAGUCCUUAAGGCAGUGAUUACCAGCCUGGGCUCUGUGACACCCCUGCGUGUGUUGAGGGACCUCAAGAACAAAAUCUCAAAUAAAAAUUUAAUUUGAAUUCACUUUAAUAUUUUUUAAAGUAGCAUAUGGCACUUUGGGGACAGGAAGAAAAAGUCAGUCACAAAGUACACAAACCCAUGAAGGUGUCAGCUCACAAGGCUGGAAAUGACUGCAUUAUUGAUUCUGCUGUCACAGUAAAUGUUCCAUAACAAAGGCAUGUUGAAUUUGGUCUCAUUCAUUACAGAGUAAAGGACUUUUGUUUGGUCAUAUCCUUGUCAUUUAAGAAACAUUUAAAAAUGGUAUUUAUUUUUAUUUCAACAUGUCAACUGUGCAUUUCCAAAACAGCAGGCUUUUCAAAGGAAUAAAUCAGAACUGUAAACACAAGAUACAGUAUAAGUUUUUGACUUCCUACAGUCAGUUUCACAAAUCCACAUACUGUACAUAGGUGAGGUUCAGCCUGUCACCCAUUUCUUUAUUUCUAUAAUUACACAAGUAUAAUAAAUACAUCUGAUUUUAAAGGUCACUUAAAAUGAGUCAUAAUUUACAGUACAGUACGUUUCAGUUCAAGUGCAAAAAAUAACCAUUUGCUGAAUUCUACUUCUUUCAGUUAUUUUACUUUUAAGCUGUGUUUUGUGGUGAAGCUAGACAUCCAAGUGUAGAAUUUCUUAUCCCAAAUGCAGUAUUGGGCAGAACUACGGUGUCAUGGAGAAGCCCUCACUUUACAGUUGAUCCUGUCUAAACAGGGUCAUAGGGCAAGGUGAUUUGCUCAUUUCUCUUAUUUUUUUCUUUCCUCUCUCCUGUGCUCAUCCACAGCUAUUAUAAAUUAUAUAAUUCACCUUUAUUCAGCUAAAACAAUGUCGCUCUUCCACACUCCACCCAGGUUUCCUAUUUCCUCUGCUUUGACUUUAAGCAGCAAGGUUUAUGUGUGACCCACCCAGCCAUUGUUCUGGCUGCAGUUGUAACAUUUGCAGUUGCAUACACUACAUUGUCCAGUGUCUGACUGUGUCUUCAUGAGAAGGAGUAUACUGAGAUUUCUUUCUUUAGUCAUUGGAAAGUAUAGUUGCUACUUAUUGCCAUCCUUCCCAUUCAUGGUUUCCUAUUUACCACCUUUUCUCACCAAAAACAAAACUGACCCAAUAUGUGAUUUCUAAAAAUUGUAUCCCUCCCCCAGGCACUUAAAUCCUAUACUGUUAUUUGUAAAUAGUACUGCUUAGUUAAAGGAACUCUUAGGAAUUCAGUGAUUUUUGUGUGUGUUUCAUUCACUCAGCUAAUUACAGCUUGAAUCACUAUAAGAUAGUAAAUAGCAAGAGAGGCUAUUUACAGUAUCAAUAUAUUUAGUAAACUCUUGUUUAUCAA